AUGUCUCGACGAGCUCUGUUCAGCGUCCCUCGCGCGAUUUCCACCUCGGUCCAGGCCUCCGUCCGACCCUCUCUCGCCUCCCAGACCGCCUCGCCAUUCCUCAGACCUGCCGCUUCGCAGCCAUCGCAGAGACGGUCAUACCAUGAGAAGGUGUUGGACCACUAUUCGAACCCGCGAAAUGUUGGCUCCAUGGACAAGUCUGCGGUCGAUGUUGGUACUGGCCUCGUUGGCGCCCCAGCUUGCGGCGAUGUGAUGAAACUGCAAAUCAAAGUCGACCCGAACACCCAGACCAUCUCCGAUGUCAAGUUCAAGACGUUUGGCUGCGGUUCGGCCAUCGCCUCGUCCUCGUAUCUGACUGAACUGGUCCGCGGCAUGACCUUGGAGCAAGCAGGAAAGAUCCGGAACACCGAGAUUGCCAAAGAGUUGUGUCUUCCGCCUGUCAAGCUGCAUUGUUCCAUGUUGGCCGAGGAUGCCAUCAAGUCCGCCAUCUCGAAUUAUUACCAGAAAAAUCCUAAGGCUAGGGCUACGGACUUGGGCAGCUCUUCGGCGCAGAUGCCUAAGAUUGAGAUCGAACAGGUGACGGCAACGACGGAUACCGGGGCCAGCGCCACCGCCUAA